AUGAAUGAAUCCGUGAAAUCAGACUACGAGCGGCAAAUUGCAAGCCUCCAAAGUUCGACUAAUCUAAUGUCGCAGAACCUCUCGAAACUCCAACUUAAAUACGACAAGUGGCGGUCUCGAGGUCGUACUUCGUUUGUGAAAAAACGGGACGUUGGUACGAGUGUUAAUGAUGCACAGCAAGAGAGGAAAGUGGAUAAAAUGACACAUUGUGGUUCUGUCGCUUCACAUUCUCGUCAGUUUGAACUAAAAAUGCAGCUUCUUUCAAAGAACAUGGAGAUUGUUGAUCAAAGAGAUCAACUUAACUCUCUGGAACUUGCUUUUCGGACGCAGAUUGAAGAAAUUGAACGCCAGCUUAAAGAACUCGUCUGCUUGAAGCGCUCUCAAGACGAGAAGAUCCUUGCCCUUAAGCGCCAGCAGACAAAUCAUCGAACUGUUCGCAGCUCCCGACUUCAUUGCCCACCAUCAAAAUCAAUGCCCCCAACGAGCGAGGUCAUGGUUCAAACUCAAAUUUCUCCUAAGACAGAGUCAGCGUCCACAAUGACCAACUCCAAGUAUGUCGUUUCCUCAAGGGCGGAGGACGUGGUGGCGAAAUUGGAAAAAGAUUUGAUUAUGAAGACAAAUCAAAUUAGUGAACUUGAGGAUACGUGCAGGUCAACCGUGGAAACUGUCAACAAGUUAAAACUAGAACUCGAGGAGAGUAAAGCUGCACUCGCGCAAAAGUGUUCUGAAUUAGAACAUGAAAAGCUGCGUCCAAAGCCCCGAGAACGACAAGGAUUUCGCUCUAAGGUCGACGUAUCUGUGGAUGUGACUGAUGCCUCCCAGUGUAGCGGUACGAACGUCCAAGCAUUGAUGGCCGACUGGAAAUCUACUGAAGAUCGGUUGAUAAACCAGCUCACAAACUGCGCAACCGUUAUGAGCCCCACUUGGUUAACGGCGAUCGCAACGUCACAGGAGGCUUCGACAGCCACUGCCGCUCUGGAUGCCGCGGUUGCUGCACAACAGGGGCAGUAUCCUACUGCUUCUGCUGUUCCCCAAGCACCAGUAGUGGCUAUUACCUCCUCGACAACGCCCGCCUCUUCAUCGAUUUCUGGGUCGGAGAGGGCAGAAGCCUCGCAUUUUUCGUCCUCCUGGUUCCCAACUGAGGAGCAGUGCUUCGACCUCAAUAGGAGACCAGCGCCGGUUUUGGAAUGUAAUCAGCCGGAAACUGCAAUUCCUUCAUUAGCGAGGCCAGUAGCUGGGGCCUCGGUACCCCGCCCACCGACUAAGUGCCAGCGGGUCAAAGCACGACUACCUCGCGCCUCCGAAGUGCCAACAAGAUCGUCUGUGGUGUCUGCUGCAGGGGACACCUGGGACGAUACAUGUGGACGCAAGGCGCGUGCUUUGGUCUUCAUCUGCUCGCCCCGUCCCUUUAUCCUCGUCCACUUUACCCCCUCCUCUCGUCUUACUUCAUGUAUGCUCACAGUUGUCCUCAGCUUUGAUGCUGCUAAGCUUACAGCGUGUCUGUUUCUUAAUUCACUCUAG